AUGCCUCCCAAGAAAGGGAAAUCAAAAGCCGCCGCUGCAACCGAGGUCGUGCGAAGCUCUCGCUUCAAAACGCUGGAGGUAGAUGAAAGAAUCUCGAUUAAAAGUUUUGUAGAAAAACACAAGCUGAAAUUCGCGACUGGAAGGGGAUUCUAUCAACUAACAAAACCUGAAACUAUUCAGUUCCACAAAGAGAUUGUGGUCAGAAGAAAAUCUGACGGAAAAAUGGCUUCUGGAGAUGAGGUAAAGAAUUGUUUUUUCUAAAACUUUUAUGUGUGAACUUACGAGUUUUGCAAAUGGCAUGCUCAGUGUUUCUUAAUUCAACGAAAGGAUGGAGACACAAGACAAUACUGAAUAUGUUCAGAAACGAACACAAGUCACACAACCAUUUUAGAUCGUUAAAAUUAAAUAUCUGCCAGUUCUAGGGUCUAAAUUUAAGGAAAAUUAGCAAGGAAAACCGUGAAUUUUUAGAGUGAGUCACUCUGGGGCUGCAUUGCUUAUAAUUUUAAGCUGGUCUGAGAUUCAGGACAGGUGUAUAUAAAAGUAAACUUACUUCUCUUAAAAUAAAAUCUUAUUAAAUUAUAAAUUUUAUUUCCCCUAUAAUAUCUACUUGUCCAUUUAACUAUGUCGUCUAAAAACUGCGGUAGAACUGAGCUGAUACUGAAAUUGUAGACUGGGGUUUUUUUAUUAUCUAAAUCAAGAGCUUAACAGUUGAACACUUCCAAAAUAAAUUAAUUUUAUUACACCACCAAAGGACUCCCCAAGGUCUGCAUCAUAAAGAUGUUUUUGAGUUGGCCUCUUACACAAAUAUCUCUGUCUGACUCUCUGCUGCACCACUACAUUUAAAAAUACUGAACCCCGAAUAAGCGCCCUACAUGAGGGUCUAAAACUAGGGAAGAUUGUUUUAGUUUGUGUAAAUUAUAUAAUGAGAGUGCAACAAUUAAUUAUUGUGGCUGCACUUGUAAAAGAAUGGAAAUAAAUCUCCUUUGUCAGAAAAAAUUUUUCCUGCAUAGCUGGCCACAUGAGAUUCAAACGAAUAAUUAUCCCAUCCAUCAGGCCAAGUUUGAAAUUAGCACCAAGCCAAGGACAUUUAGAGAAUCGAAAAUCAAAAUCUAAACUUAAACCUCAAAGGAACCAUAAUACUGGGACCAGUAUACUUUCUUAAGCUCUUUAGAUUUACAGCCUAGAAUUUAAAUCACUGAUAUCUUUUAACAGGUUCGUGCAUUACUUGGAAUUGCUAAAGAGACUGUCAAAUUCAAGCUCGACAAGGAAAAACUGGCGGAUUUUGAUGUGUUUGUCCAGUCGACCUCUUACAACCGGAUCUUAUUGCCAGACACUGAGUUUCUGUAUGACACAGGUGAAAAAGAAAGUACAGCUGUUUCAGAUGAAGCUGUAAAAGUAGAUUCUACUGCAACUGUAGAUACUUCUAAAAAAACUGAACCCAGCACAAGCCGAGGAGCUGGCAGAGGAAAGCGGAAAAAAGCAGAGGAAGAGGUACACAGUAAACUCUCGCUAAUUAGAUGAAUACAGCUGGGAGAAGCAUAUAGCUUCCCAUAAAGCCAUUCUUAGACUUUGUCACGCAUUCCUGUCCCAUGAGUGUUUAUGUUCUCUGAAGAGGAUUGUGUGACGAGCGAAAAGAAUGUCUAUGUGCGAGGCUACAGCAGAAGUAGGGCUGUCACUAAGAUUUCAAGUUACUGGGUGUAUAUGCAAUUAGUAUAGACAGGAAAUUGGACAACUAGAAUGUUCCUUUUGUUCUAUUUUCUCUUUGUUCCUUAUGAAAGUAUAGCCAGGGGUCAUGCUAACAGUAGCCAGGGGAAAUUUUUGGCACUGCCCCUGUUUUACGUAACUGUCCUUUGAAAGUGCCCAUUUUGUUAUGAGAGUUGUCUGCUCAUAAAAAGAUUCCAGGAAAAUGACUAUAAGCAAUGGCAGGGAUAUUAACCAUCUCCUGAUAGCUGUUUUAAAUUUAGAGAAAGUUUGUCUUUGAAAAUCAUUGUUAAAUAAACUCCCUGUCUUGAUCAUUGGACUAUUUCAACUUUGCCUGUGCAAUUGACUGCGCAUGCGGCCCCAGUGUACACUGUUUUGAGGUGUCUUAUUUAAUAUUGGUGCAAUUUGUCCUUUAAUUUAGGAGAGAAUCAUCUGUAUUCUUCUAUGCAUUAAUUUCUUCUAAAGAUAAAGUGACCCCUUUUUCAUGGGUAACCUAAAUAGGUUGCAUGCACUAGCUGCCAGGGCGAUAUUUUUGAUAUUUUGUGGUUCAAUUCUAUGGCUUAAGUUUUGAUACCAAUUAAGUUAUAAAAUCUUUAGUUGUGUUUUGUUUCCAUCAUGGCCUUUAUAUGUCGACUGGCCAGGCAGUUAUGUAAAGUUAAUGUUACAGGUCAAAAUUAAAUUCAGGCUAAAUGCUAUGGCUUAAUAAUUAUUCAUGGGUAGGUGUAUGGAAAAGUUGGGAGGUUUUAAAUGUGGGAACUUUGAUGACAUCAUCAAAACCUGGACUAGUUCAACCCUUAUAACUUUAUCUAUAGCCUAUUAACAUUCAGUGAGUUACCUCGCUUUAGCCUUAAUCUAAUCUAGCUUUUCCUGAAGGUUCCCCCAUUACAUUAUUUUUGUUUUAUUUAAAAAAGGCCUUGAGGUCUAAUGCUAGAGAGUAGCAAGGCCUGAUCAACAUUAGCAUUACAUUUGGGGUCUUCUUAAAAUUAUAUGGCUAUUAUUUUCUACCAUAACCAUGAAUUUGUUUUCAAAUUAACAUUUUUAUAGGCAACGGCAGCUACUAAGGAAGAGAUAGAAGAUCGCGAGAAAGCAUCCUCCCCAUCAAAGAAGUCAAAAGUAGCAGCAUCAGCAGCAGCUGCAACUGGAGGAGCUGAUGUAAAGGAAAUAGUAUUUUCAUUUGAUACCACUGGCUCCAUGUACCCUUGCUUAACUCAGGUAAAGAUAUUUUGAAAAUCAAAGGACAUAGGUAGACAUGCCUCCUGUCCAGGGAGGGAAGUGGUGGUGAUGGUAGUGGGAGGAGGGGGGUGGUGUUGUCAUUUUUUAACAAUGCCAAGUUAAACUCUGUGAUAGUCAAGCAUUUCAUCCAGAGAGGAGGUAGACUGUGAGCAGUCUCUUAUUUUUCUUUUGAGUCACAGUAGAUCAAGAGCAUGCAUGGGGGGCGAGCAUCAAAGCCACGAGGAACAAGGGCAGAAACCUAAGUGCCCCAAUCUUUCCUCCUUUUUACCAUUAAUUUGCAUAAUUUUACUUUUUCUCUCGCCGUGCGUGGCUCUGAGGAAAGAAGGAGGACUGCUCGGUAAUUAAGGAGCAGUUACAAGGAUGUUGACUGUUGACCAUUGUUCCUCCCAUCCCCCCCACGCCCCACGUGUCUCCCUUAUUCACCUUGCACCAAGCCCUCUCUUUUGACCCCACUUUCUGUUCCCCUCAAUCUUUCUGCUGAAGUUCAAAGCUAGGAUGAAUUUAGACUUUCUAAAAGUCCUUUAUUUAUUUUUCGUGGUUGGUUAUGCCAUUUUAAAGGACUUUUUUCGUACCUGUUUGGCGCGAAAUUCAGUGGUCGAAAAUUCUACAGGUGACGUCAUGACAAUUGACCAAUAGGACAGUGAGUGAUAUUUCAUCCCCCUCCUGUCACAGCAUGUGUCAAUCAUUUUUUUUGUCUGGAUUUUUAAUAUGAUUCAAAUCCAUUCAGUCAAAACAAGUCAACCUCGAGACUUCUUCGCUCGGUCGCUGCGGACCUCAUGCAUUGAAGCUCGCUUUGCUCACUUUUAAGAACUUAUGAGAGGUCGACUUGUAGCAAGUCUAGGAUGAAUUAUGAAGAAGCUGGGAAGUCAUUCCCCUGUACACAGCAACACCUGUGUCACACUUGCUAGUGUACAUAUACGCUUAAAAGAGGUGUCUACAAAACACCAGUUUCUUUUGCGAAAGAUGUAAGACCAAGGUUGUAGUGGACUAACUGGUGCUCAUGUCCGUAUUAUGUAAAGACUGUCAGCUUUAUGUAAGGUCUUAUUAGUACAGGUUUCACCAUGCAUCCUUGUCCAUUUUCCCUAGAAACCACUAAUUUUUAACAAGAGACUGUAUGCAAUUUACAAGUAAUUUUGAAUUUUUUUAAGUCACGAAUUUAGCUUAUAACAUUUAACUUUUUUAUGAUAGGUGAGGAAACGUGUGGAAGAAACAGCUACUCGUCUGUUUCGCGAGAUUCCCGGCAUUCGCAUUGCUGUGUUUGCACAUGGCGACUAUCAAGAUAAAUCACAGACAUAUGACACAAAGUGGGUGGACUUUACUUCUGAUAAGAAGAAAGUAUGUGAUUUCAUCAAGAAUGUAUCCUCGACCUGUGGAUAUGAUUCUGACGAGUGCUAUGAGCUGGUUCUUAGGCAGGUAAGAUUUGUGAGGAUUAUCGGCGUUCAUUUUCGCGAUACAAGUUGAUUCAGUCCGGAGGUCUGAAAUAGUUUCCGUACUUGGCUCAAAGAAUGACGAAUGUUCACCCUAAAUGUUUUUUAUGUUCUCGCGAAAACUGUACUUGAAGUCAUCGAAAUUGUCAUCUAGUUUCACUGCUUAAGUUCGUAUCGAACCGACUUUGUAUCGAAACGAACGGUUUCCUCUGCGAGUCUGUCUAUCAGGGCAUAUGUACCUGCGGUUGUCGCUUUCGUCGCUCGUUUGCGAUGGAUUAUGGAGUUCAUUCACUUUGGGGCGAACUCGAUUACUUACGGGGCUAACUAGUAGGGAGCUAACUCGCUAUGGGGCGAAACCACUGUCUUCCGUCUAGGCGGGCGGGGGGAGGGGGAUGAAGAAACCGGGUUUAGCUUCCACCGGCUUUAGGGCUACUUCGCUUGAAAGUAGAAUCAACCUGUGCCCAUUUACUUUCUAGUCUGUCCAGCUGAGCUUUGAAUAUUUCUUUGUACUGUAUCCUUCCCCGUAGAGAAUAAAACUUGGUGGUAAAGGUGUACGGACGAGAGGUUUUACCCUGUGAGCAGAGGUAGAGAUGUUUAAGCCACUAAUGUCAUUGUGUCCCGGGCUCUUAUCUCGGAGUGCGGGUCGAGUCUUUUGUUUUUCCUUAUCCUAAGUUUGUUUGUUUGUGUUCUCCUUGUUUUGCUCUUUCCGCCUACUACGCUUUUCUUUCUCUUUAAAUUAUAAUUCGACCUUGAAUGCACGACCACGUGUAAAACGGGUCCUCCAUUUUUCUUAUGUUUAAACGGCGAAGAACAGUGAACAGUCGUAAGAUACAAUAAAGAAAAAAUAGAAAAUUUACAAGGUGCGCUACAAAAAAUAGCUAAAGCUUAAAACUGAUAGAGGUGCAACGUGUUUACUACGUUUCAACUUUCCUAAACGCGUUAAACAUUUACCUCUCACUUCAACAUUUUAAAGAAAGCUUAACUAAGGAUAUACGUUUUUUUUAAUGUAUUCGCCAUUACAUUUUCUUACCUUGAACUGUAAACGUCAAACGAAUGACAACCGGGCUUCAACCUUUAUGAAAAGCGCAACUUCUUGCGUCUUUAAAACGUAUUUUAACUUAUUUAUGAAUAACUAAUAUUUUGCCGCUCUUUUGCAUAAAUUGGUGAACACUAGGCGACAUGCUCACGAUUUUGUAUCGCUCAAAUCUCUACUGGGAAUAAAUACAGUGGUUGCUUACAAUUUACAUGGCAAACCCGGCGGUCGGUUCACGUUUUGGCUAAAUGGUAAGCAAAUUUCAGGACUGGUAAAUUUCGUCCCGGAAUCGCGUUUUCCAUUCCCGGCACAAAUCAGUUCCAUUUACUGAAAAACGGCCGGAAAGCCAAAAACUGGUAUCAAUGAUGGCCUUGAAGUGUAACGCGAAUUGUCGGAACAUUCAAAUCGAAAAAACAGGACUACCUUUUCAGGUGUUCCUUUGCUCCCGGAAUAUUUCCAUUUAUUCCAGUGUAUCGCGUUUCUGACCUUUUUUCAACUGAUUUUUUUUGCUAGUUUUUAAUUCCUUGUUAUUAUAUUUACGUUCUUGCAAUUUCCACUUAUUCAUUGAAAAAAAUAUAUAUAUAUUCCACAUGUAUUCCUUUCUCGAGUAUUGUAGACUCUUAAUUAUUACCCUCUUUCCAGAAACUCAGUUUCACGUCAUAUUAGUUAUCGCACCAUAUGCGAAGCCAAGAAACUGCCAAAAUGACGAUUUUUCUCCCGCCGAUUUCUGUUAGGAGAGCACGUGGUUUCUCGUCAUCCGUGACCUCGCUUUUGAGUCAAGUGAUGGUUAUUACACGGCAGCUUGCUGGUUACUGUGUUUAUUUAUGUGAUCCUAAAGUCUCUUCUCUGGAAUUUUAAUCCAAGGUCCGUGAAGAGUUAUCCUGGACCCCAGAUUCCCAGCGGUCACUGGUGAUGAUCGGCGAUGCCUCACCCCACCCUCCUUCGUACCACCUCAACACGCUAAAAAUCGAUUGGCGUCAAGAAGCUAAGAAGCUCUACAACGAGAUGGGGGUGCGCAUCUACUCGGUACAGUGCCUCAACUAUGGUGGCUCGAACACUUUUUACCGUCAGCUCGCCGAACUCACAUGUGGUUGGCAUUUGAAACUAGAUCAGUUCGCGUCUAUUGUGGACUUCCUGACGGCUAUAUGUUACCGUGAACAGGGGGUUGAACAGCUUGAAGCUUUUGAAACCGAAGUGAAGUCGAGAUCCAAGGGUUCUGGAAUGAACCGUAAUUUGCACGCGUUAUUUGAUACCCUGGCCGGCAGAACGAAAAGUACGUACAGCGGAGGAACCGACUAUGGGGGACUGGAACCAGUGAAUCCCUCUCGAUUUCAGGUAUUUGACGUACGUCAUCUUGAGUGAUCGUUUGGUAGCUAACGGCACUUAAGUUUUCUCCUUAUCUUCACUUAAGCGCUGGUUAACAAAAUUACAUUUUCCUGGCCGCGCAUACUAAGGUUCUUUUCCUCAUGCGGACGUUUGCGCGAAGUUUUCUUCAAACUGUUAGUCACUGACGUCAUAAAUUAAUAAAAAAGGAGUUGGCGUUGGGGGUAGCCUGUGUACAGACGUUCCCCCCUCCCUCAGAAAAAAUCGGGAGAAGAGACGUCUGUGAAUCGCCGACGAUAAUCGUGUUCCCGUUUCCCCGGAAUGUUGGGGACAGCCUCUGAUUGGUUGUAAUGUUAAUGCCAUGACGCAAAUCAUUUCCGGUGUUGCGAUUGGUGAAUGAAUCUCAGAAUAGAUUCCCCGGGAAAAAACUCAGCCUUUGUGGACAGCUCACCGCAUUUAUAUUUGUUUACUUGGAUUUCGACUCUCUGGAAUAGGUAUGUGAAAUUAGGACCACCGAUGUUUGCUGCACCGGUUGCGGGUGGACGUACAGAGAUCACCGCUUAAUCAGAAAUCUUAUAUCUGGAUUUUAGCGUGGACAUUGCGUGAAGAUGUUCGGCUGGUCCAUGCACAGACGCCAGGGCUAUUUUUGGCCUACAUGUUGCCGGUCAUGUCUCAUAGAAUUAGGCAAAAGUAAGGCUAUUGUAUUUUCUUGCUGAAGAGAAGUGAACGAUCCUUUACAUGAAACCUACUCAAAAUCACCGAAUGGAUCAACUCCUGCAUAACAAGCUUGACUGUAAACAGUGCUUCCGAGAUCAAAAUUCUGUCAAACCAAAAACCACAGGAAAUCGAUGUACAGUUACAGAGAGACUUUAUCAGCUAAAAAAAAAUUUAAAAAAAAAACUUGAAAAGCACGAAAUACUCGUUUUAAAUGGCAUUUUAGCUAGAUAUUCUAGUUAGAGCUUAGCUUAGCAAUAAAUGUUGAGAACAUCCGAGAGAAUAACUGCGUGCGCGCUCUAAAAGAGUCCCCAGUCGUGUUGGUCUGUCAACACCUUUUCAACUGUCCGAUGAAACAACAACAAAACAUAAUUUUUUCUGAGGGAGGGGGAACGUCUGUACACAGGCUACGUUGGGGGUGGGGGGUCACUUUUACAAUUGUUUGGAAUAUGAGGCGUCUUAGGGGACCCCCUAAUUCAGACAAAAUCGGUCGUCGUUACUGGAUUAGGCCCGAAUUUCUAUAACAAAUUACUUACUUACUCACGGUCGACGCCUAGAAGACGACGGGAUGAAAACUGACCCCACAAGGGUCUCAUACAAGUUUUAAGAUCCCCAACGUUUUCCAGACCCGUAUCCCUUAGCGGUGUGGUUAUGUGUGUAAUAGUCGGAGUCUCACGUCUGUAGGCACCCAUGUUUUCAGCUUUUUCGCUGGAGAGCUAUCAUCACGAGAAAAAAAUCCCUAGAAAGUGCAAUUCUUCUAUUUUAAAAACACUAGCGCGCUAGUUUGUAGGCGAUAUUAAAAUAUGCUGUCCGUAUGCACUCAAGGACUGUCAUAGGAGUUUCACCGGAGUUGACCAGUUUUCGAGUUUUAGUGAAAAUUGUCGGUUCAGGGUAGCACUAUGUUACCGAAUCUUAUACAUUUAUUUGUUCAUUUAUUUUUUUCUCAGAUCUUGGACGUCGACGAACGCUGCGACAUUCGUACCUUCGUCGAGAAGAAUGACCUUUCAUUCAAAACAGGGCGGGGAUUCUAUGAGUUCACAAAGCCAGAGAAGAUAUCGGAUAAAAAGGAGGUGGUUCUAGUUGAUAAAGUCUCUGGUGAUAUGUUUACAGGUCCGGAGGCCUGCGAAAUGAUUGGUGCGGGAGGAACAGCCCGAAUUAAACCUACUUCCUUUGAUAAGUGGAGGGUAUUUGUGCAAAGUACAUCGUAUAACCGAGUCUUAAUGCCAGGUACUGGGUUUUUAUAUGAAGUUGAUACCGAUCGUUAAUUUUGAUACUAGCAUAAAGUUAUUGGGCAAUCUCACUGCUAUGUAUCGAGCUAGGGUUUUCAAAUCAAAUGUUUCUGCACAACAAACAUGCGUAACUGCACUAUUCUCCACGAUAGUUACCCAAUCGAUUUUAUUUCACUCUCUAAGUGUGUGUUCCACGAUUCCAUUAUGAAUUUGCUCUCAAGUUCUGUUAUAGUUAACAUAACUCUGAAAGUCAAUAAUAACUUAACUACGACAUUACUUCUAUCCGGCCCGAGAGAAUCUCAACAGAAAGUCAAGGAAAAUAUAAAUUUAUCUCAGUUCGUAAAAGAACUAGCUAUAGUGGAAAACAAAUGUUGUAUUUUAAAGUCACUGGAGAAAUAUUGUAUUGUAUUUUAAAGUCACUUCAUUUACUCGUAGUUUGUUGAUCUUUUUUGAUUAAUUGUUUAUUAGCUUUUUAAUUUUCAUAAUUGUAGUUCCUGUCCAGCAUUCAAAUUCAGUUGUAACUUUUGUAACUUAAUUUAACAAUUAACAAUUGUAACUGGUUAUAAGUUUGUCUUUUAAAUAUGUAAUUUUUAGUUGUUUCGUACCAUUACUUAGCCUAAUGAGUCCUGUAAAUUAAUUCUGAAAAACUUAAUUGGGAGACUUAAUCAAAUAUAUUGUAUUGUAUUGGGAAUUUAUUCCACCGUUGUAUAAUUAACGCCAUGUUUACACGGCAUCGGACGAAUUUUCGACCGCUUUAAAGGGACAGGUUCACGGUUAAGGGUAUGCUCAUUAAUUAAAUUCCUUUUUUCCGAUUUAUUAUUUAUUCUAUCGGUUAAUAAUCCCAUUCACAUGUAUCUCAGCGAUCUCAGGGUGUAUUUCAAAGUAGAAGCGUAUUUAAGAGUAACCUGAAGUAGGAUGGUCCAGGAGUACUACAAUCGCUGUAAAAAAUAGUAGAUUAUGCCAACACUACCAACGUUGAAUUUAUUGCUGACCCGAAGGUUUUAUGCCAUGGUUGAUUAAUGUACAACUAUUUGCAAAUAUUUAAGUUGAUCAAGUGCAAGUCACUGCCAGGGGAGUGUGCAGAUUGGUUCUUUGACAACCUUUUUGACAUGAUCAUAUUGCUUGCGUAGACGAUACAACAUGCCCAGGCAGAAAAACAGCAUUUUGAUAAAUGAGCAUGCGCUGAACCGUGAACCUGUCCCUUUACAAUUCGUGCCUUUAUUAGGAGUUACGUUUACAUGAAACCUCCAUAACCGCCUUAAUUUUUUGUGCGGCAAAGGCGCGUGGCUGCAUGGAUACACGGUAACAGUGUGAAAUUAAAGGAUC